AUGCAGUGCGCAGUGGUCCGCGGACGUGUGCCCCUGCAGAAACAGGAAAUGCAAGACCUGCAGCUGAGCCCCGUGACCAUCACCGACCCCUUUGACUCCCAGGCCUUUUCCGUCCGCUUCAACGCGGAUCACAACUUCCUGGCGGCGGCCGGUGGUGCCGACAUUGCAAUUGCCGCAGGCCAGUGCUCUCUCAAUUUGGAAGACAUGCUCCUGAGCCUCAUCUAUGAAGAUGAGGAAGGAGACAUUCCCGAAAGCUCCGGUGCUCCAGGCCACGAAGCGUCGGAGACACAAUGUGGAGAUGGAGACGGCGUGGCCAGCACUUCCAUCCAAGGAGUUGCGAUCACCCCGCCAUCGCAGACCUCAGGAGCCUCAGGAGGUACGACCAACGUCACGCAAAUGUUUGUAUCUACAGGAUGGCUCCCGUUGGCAUGGUCGCUGGGCUUUGCACAAGCUUCCAGUGCAUCCUCAUCCUCGACGAGUUCAGGCCAGCAGUGA